GAGGCUUCCCCCGCCUUUUCUAACCGGGAGGGUCCCCGAGGUGCCGGACUCACGCGGGAGUCACCUUCUGGAGCUUGUGUGAGGCCACAAGUCAGCCGGGGUGAGGCAGAUUUUCCCUUCCAAAAUGACUUUCCGAGCUCUGGUUUUGUGUCUGGCUUGUGCUGGGCUUGGAAAGGCAAAUGUGGUUCCUCAGGCUGAACACAGAAACGUGAAGGUGGGCGACAACGUGACUCUCAGCUGUGCCCUGACAGAACCCAAGGAGGUUCUGCAAGUGACGUGGCAAAAAGACUCCGAAAAAUCACACAAUAAUAUAGCUACGUACAGUACCGUAAAAGGAUUAAAGAUUCACGAGCCCUAUCAAGACCGAAUGAAUUUCACGAGUCUGGUACUCAAUGAGACAAGCAUCACUUUUUGGGACACUAGAAUGGAUGAUUCAGGGUGUUACACGUGUCUCUUCAACACUUUCCCUUUCGGCUCCUUCUCGGGACGUACCUGCCUGAGUGUCUUUGGUCUCAAUGCAUCUGUCCAGUACAACAUUUCCGAAGGUCGCUUGAUAGCCGUCUGUAAUGCUGUUGGCCUCCCAGAGCCCACCGUCACCUGGAACAACUUGUUCAAUUCUACUCCUACGCAGGACAUGGUCAGGCACACCAAUGGGAUGGUGUCCAUCACCAGUAAACUGGAGAUCUACAACACUCAGAGUGUCGGUGCGCAGGACUUGACCUGCAGAGUAAGCAACACGAAUGAAAAAAUGGAUUUGCCUGUGAAAAUUAAAGGAGAAGAGGGAUCCUCGUUGCUUUGGCUGACGAUUACUGUGGGGAUUUUAAUUGUCAUCAUAGUUCUGAUUCUGAUCACGCUGUGCUGGAGGAAGAGGAUAUGCAGGAGGGGCUGAAGUGGAUUCUAGAGGAUUUCCAUUCACCUACCAGAUCAUUACAGCCCAGCAGCCUGAAGUCAACAUUACAAGCAGCGACUGGACUGGCUGGAAAGAAACAGCAAUAAAAGGGAAAUACAUCACAUACACUACCCUAUCCAGACGUCGAGUUGAUUGCUGAAAAGACUAGUGCAAUGCUUGUUAUCUGGUCUAGACGCUUAAUCAUAAAAAGUAGGACCAGAGGGACCACUUAGUCUGCUCCUCUGCUGCCAGGCAAAAUCUACUUUGUUCGUACCACUCUUGGUACUGCUAGUGUGCAAAAGGUAUUUGCCGCCUUCCAGUUGAGUUUUGAAAACGUCCAUGGAUGGAGGCUCUGCAAGCUCUCUGGGGAUCCUCUUCCAGUGCCUAAUUGCUCUCGCAGUAAAGAGGGGUUUAAUUUUUACCAACAUCUGUCUGCAAUUUCACUUCCAGCAAUUCUGUAUACUUCGCCCUCUUCCUGUCAUCUGGUUUUCCUUCUCUUACCCAGCUGAUCCAACUCCUUUCCCUCAGUGAAUUUGUGAGUGUGCCAACGACUGUGUUGCUUAACUCUCUCUGGAGAGACCUGCUGGACUCAAAAACACGGGACUCAAACCACACCAAAUCUGCCAAAAUUAUUGGGAAAGAGCAAUAGGGCUCCAAGCAGGUGACGGAUUAGAGGCAGUAGCAGCCACAGUUGGGAAAGAAGAGUUAUAAGUAAUUUAUUUUAUUUGACUUUUCUUUCUAGUGUUGGGGUUUUUUUGAUAUGUAAGUGAGGUGGAGAAGGAAGCAAAGCCCAGUAGUGGAAGUAUUGGCAUCCCCACCUUUCCUUUUUCCUUUCCUUUUUCCUUUCCUUUUUCCUUUCCUUUUUCCUUUC